AAGACAGCCUUUAGCUUAGGAUGAAGUUUUAAAUAGAUUAGUACUAGUAUUCCUUUUUGGCAUAUCAAGCUAUUUUACUCACAAACUACAAACGUAUCCAGUAUUUUUACUGUUAGCUUUUGUACUAAAUGGGUGAUUCUGGAAAAUAUCCAUACCAUACCAUGGACGGCUUACAUUACCCCCCCCCAACUCCCGUUCAGAUCUUCCUUUUUUUUUGACAACCCUUCAGAAUUCCAGGCAGGGUUUGUAAAUAUGCCAAAUGUGGUUUAUUUUACACUAAAAUAUUUUAAAUGACUCUACCUAGAACUGUACUUCAGUACAGCUGGUUAUAGAGGGAGUCAUUCUGACUCCAGAAACUCUGGAAUGAAAUUUUGAAAAAAAAAUGGAAGUUGUCUUCUUACUGCUGUUCAACAGAUGCAACCUUCAUUAACUUAACAUUGCAGCAAACUAGUACAGAACAUAAAAAUAAGAAUAUCUUGUGAUGAACGUGUGUCCACACUGAAGAUAUUACAAUCAAGUGUAUUUUUAUUUCUGCCAUCUUGAAUUUGAGCCUUCGGGGUCAGCACAAUCACUACCAAUCCCACAAACUUCAACAAUCAAAAUGGCAUCUUUGGUUAAAAAACCAUGUUUUGCAUUGAAUGGACAAAGAAAUUUAUGAGGCUGUCUUCACAAGAGAAAAAAGGAUGUUUUGUAGCAUUAAGGCCUCUGGAGAGUGAUGUACAUGUACAACCCACGUUUUGUUUAUUUGCAAACUGAAUAAGUUCAUAAAAUAAGCGUUUUCAAGGAAGACAUUAUUGUCUGUCUGCUGUGAAAAUUCCAGAUAUUAAACCCCUCCUUGCCUUCAAAAUUCCAGUCGUAAGCAUACCCCUCCGCUUUCGGAUUUCCAGUUCAAAGAACCCCUCCUUGCCCUUGGAAUUCCAAAAAGCCUUCCGUGGUAUGGUAUGGAUAUUUUCUGGAAUCGUCCAAUGCUAGCAAAAGCACACUUGCAUAGAUUCAGGUCCCAGCAUUCUAAUAGACUUACCUGCAAAAUAGCUCAGCUAGCAUACAUAGUCCCAAUCUAGGGGGCCGGGACAAACUCGGACCGGUAUGAGUCCGUCCCGCUCUCCAUACAUUUCUUUUCAUGCGUUUACAUGGGACCGGCCUAAAAACGAACUCAGAGCGGUCUGACUUUGUGUUGGUCGCUGACCCGACACAAGUUAUUUGUGUACCAGUCUAGGACUAUAACUUUCUCGUGUAAAACGGCAAUGAAACUCAGUCCGGGUCCAUAAAUAGCAUGUUUCUUCGCAUGGCUCCAUCAUUUUUGCUUUUUUUAUCAAAAUAAGAACACUGCUAUGAAUAACUGUUAACACGACUUGGAAGUAGCUUUAAUUGAAUAUAUGUUUCAGUUAAUGUGAGGGAUAGCACCAUUUUGAGAUGCUGUGCAUUUAACAUGCCACCAGAUGAGCAUUAGAUGAAGUUUACAAUUUUCUGGGAGCAGUAAAAUCUACGGUUCUCUACUCACUGUCUUAAUAGGCGUAAAUUGUGUACCAGUUAGGACAGUUAGUGAAUAAUAUGUUUAUACAGAUCGACUUAAGAAAGUUAUAUAGCUACAAGAAUCUCCUGUUUUUCUCCUGGUCUCAUGUAAUCAACAAAGUGUUUUUUCCUGGUCUCAUGUAAACGAUUGCAAAAAUUACAAAUUUGUACUGGCCUAAGUUCGUCCCGGUCUCAUGUAAUAACCCCCUAUAAGCAUGCCUGUGCCUUGAAUCAAGCAUUGUGUCACCGCAAGCUGCAAAGAGCCUGUUAAGUAGAUUUUUUAUGAACAUCUUGUUGCAGGUUAUCUUUGGAGGUCCCAAUAUUCCAGUACACCCUCAUGUGUAUAGUAAUGGGCAUAUCUGCUUGUCAAUCCUAACAGAUGAUUGGUCACCUGCGCUCUCUGUUGAGUCUGUUUGUCUCAGUAUUGUCAGCAUGUUAAGUAGUUGUCAAGAAAAGGUGAGAUGUUUUAUUGAGGGUCGAAAAGGGCUAGAUAUUAUAGAGCUUUUUCUUGAUCCACAGGACUGUAUGUGGCAGGAUUAGCUAAGUUGGUACACCCCUUGGAGGUUGUGGGUUCAAUUCCCAGGGCCACACCAAUACUCAGGGUCUUAAAAUGCCUGAAAAUGUUCUGCCAUUGUCCCACAAAAGGCUAGACCUUUGCAUGGCUUGGAUGACCACGUAAAAGGGCAGUCGAUUAGUACUUAUGUGCUAAAUACGUUGUUAUCAAAUAAAGUGAAUUUUUUUCAUUAUUUUCACUGAUGUUGUUCUAAACAAAUUACAUAUUGUUAAUUAAAGACUUUCUCACUCUUUUUAUACUAUUUUCAUAUUGAACUGAAUUUUUUAUUCUGCACCAUGAUCAUUGAUUAAAUGUGCUUGAAAAAAAAAACAAGUUACUUAAUUCUUUUCAACUGCUAGAUUCUCCUUGUAAUUUUGUCUUUUGUGCUGCAUACUUGUCAAUCAAAGGCCGAAUUUGAUAUCAACUGAGUCGAAGAGUCAAUACUUUAUAUUUAGCCUCAUGCACCAGUGUUUGUAAUAUAAAAUGUCAUAGUUCCACAGGAUAUAUGCUGAUGCCAUGAGCUUGACAUUGAAUGCAACACCUGCAGGUCCCAAGCAACGGAUGUUUAAGUGAAAAUGUACAUGCUUGGAGUCUCAGCCCCACUAAAUAUACAAAUCCAAGAGAAAAAUUAAAGUGAAUAUUUUAAGAGCUGACUAAAUUUUCACAUUUGCUCCUAACAAACCCUGUUAGGAAUUUUAUGGAGAUACUGGUAUAAUAAUAUUGUUGUCUGUCUUUCAGAAACUUCCCCCUGAUAAUAAUUGGUAUGUAAAAACUUGUCAUAAAAAUCCCAAGAAAACAAGAUGGUGGUACCAUGGUAAGUGUAUGUUAUAG